AUGCAUUCGGGCGGCCUUCUGUGGUGGCUUGCCGUGCUCCUCCUGAGCAGUGGAGUCUUGUCCCUCCCUCGUCAGGAUGAAUGGCAUGAUCUCAUUCAUAGGAGGCAUCAGAUCCUCGCUAGACAGCAUCCCCUGUCCAACACCACAAGACCAGCAAGCACAGCGACGUCUACACAACCCCUCAUCACUCCGGACCCCAGGUCGUCCACCCGCAUAUCGUCGGCACUUACAACCAUAGGGACGUCCAGCUCGGCCCCAGUAACAUCGACCAUCUCUGGCGACAAAGACACACCCGUUGUGGCCGUUAUCGGUGUGACAUAUGUCGCUGGCGCCGGCGGUGCCUCCUUACUAGUGGGUAGCACGGUCCACACCCUAGCCCCCGGAGCCGUCGUGGCCAUUGUAGCCCCGUCACAAAACCCGAGGACAACAGACCCAGCUUCCGAGUCCCGACCCGCAACCUCCGCCUCGUCAGGCCCCAGUUCCACCUCAGCGUCACCGACAUCCUCAGUCUCGUCUACUGCGACGCCUACCCCAUACAUCAUCCUCACAUCGCAGAAUGCCACUCGAGAACAGAUCCAGAACCUCAACAGUACUCUCUCGAAAGAUGCUACCCCCAACUCCUUGGAAGAGGUCACUAGCGACCGCACCGGUCUAGUGGUCUUCUUCAAAGCAAACAUCACCUCCGGGCAGGCGGAUGUCAUCACAAAGCUUGACGGUGUUGGUGGCGUAACUCCAGACGAGAAACUGGAAGAAGAAGAACAGCCUGCCUCGUCGGCACCACCCUCGUCAACAUCGCAUCAAGCAACAGCUACUGGCCCACACGGCUCGCCGAAAACCACAGUCCCGAACCCGACCGACAUUGGGCUACAAACAGGCGCCGUGGACGAGCUCAAGGCCAUCUCUCAGCCUCCCGGGUCGAGUCUCGCUGACCUGCCUGGUUUCGGAUAUGCCUCCGAGGCAGGGAAAGGAGUCACCAUCUACGUGAUUGACACCGGCGCCAACGCCCAGAAUACCGAAUGGACCGGCAUGCCGGGGACGAAAGGGUUCAUGUACGCCCCCGGUGCCACGAAGGACGAGUCCGACUUUUUAAACCACGGCUCUUGUGUUGCAUCAAAGUCGGCCGGGCCUAUGUACGGCACUGCAAAAGAUGCCAACAUGAUCAUGGCCAAGCUGCCCGGCGAUCUCUCGCUAUCCGCCAUCUUCACCGUGUUGGUGGAGAUUAGCAACGACGUCUACCAGAAGGGCAUCGACGGAAAGGCGGUAAUCAACAUGUCCCUAGGAUCUCGUAUUCCCGAGAAGCUUUCGUCGACCACAACCGCCUACAAACUUCUUCUCGUCGCCCUCAUGGCCGAAGACAUCGUCAUAGUCACGGCAUCAGGCAACGACGCUCAAUACGGUAUCGACGAUGUGACAGAGUACCCUGCGCUCUUCGGCCCCACCACGGACAUCAUCGUCGUAGGCGCCGUCGAAAACGACGGUUACCGCGCCUUCUUCUCGCAGGGCACCGGGGACCAGCUGACCGUCUCCGCCCCCGGCUUCGUCGACUGCGCCUCAGGCAGAGCCAGCGGCUCGCAAGAACUCUACGGCACCUCAUUUGUCCAACAACCAGCCGCACCGGCCGUUGCCGGUGUCAUCGCAGUCUGGCUCUCUCAGGACGAGUACAAAGAUCGCCUCCAGGUCCCCGGAAAAGUUGCCGCCAACGUCAAGGCCAUGGUCCAGUCCCUGGCAUACUCCAGAGUGGAAGGCGAGCCGGCCGUGAUCUGGAACGGCAUCGACCCCCGCGGGCUCGCGUGCACAGCGUCGGGGUCGUCUUCCAACCGACGGCGUCAGGCCGCCGCGUCGGGUUGCCAAGCAACCUCCGUGGCCCCGUCGAGCACUUCCGCGCCGCCGGCCUCGACUUCUGCGCCUGCUGCGACAUCCGCAGCGCCCUCGGCCUCGGCCUCUGCCCAGCCCUCCGCGCCUCCUAAGCCUCAAUGGGACGAGAACCCCCAAGGGUUUCAGAAGGUCUUUGAGGAAGACGGGGUUGCCAGUUUCGAUUAUGUUGCUACUUCUGACAGUGCGAGCGAGGGCGUCACGGACAACAUCGAGCAGUGGUGCUUGGCCAAGUGCACUGAUAAGGAUUACGAGGCCAAGGCUAACAUUUACUUCAAACAAAGACCAAUGCGCCUCCGUCUUUCUCUACAGGCAACUUCAACUCAUUAA